GUCGUCGACGGUGGUUGUGAAAGAUAGGCAUAAGUUUUAUCGGAAUUCAGGGUUUCUACUCGCUCUACUGAAAUUAUCCGCGCCCACACAGGACCUGAGACUGUAGUAACCACUAGGUACAACACAUCCACGGGCACUCAAUAUCCAGGAUCUUGUGGUUGACUAGUACGUGCAGGAUAAAUAAGCUGGUUGGUUUGUUGAGGACGAUCUACUUUCUCGCCACGCUACUGUUCAUGUGAGCGAGUGCCAGGGUCCGGUGGUACCUAGCAUAAUGGCCCAGGGUCGACCAAUCAAAUGUGUGGUCGUGGGCGAUGGGACAGUGGGGAAGACCUGUAUGCUCAUCUCAUAUACGACAGACAGUUUCCCGGGGGAAUAUGUGCCCACAGUAUUUGAUAAUUACACUGCCAACAUGAUGGUAGAUGGCGUAGCAGUCAGCUUGGGAUUAUGGGAUACGGCUGGCCAGGAAGACUACGACAGGUUACGACCUCUCUCCUACCCACAGACUGAUGUGUUUUUGAUAUGCUUUAGCGUUGUUAGUCCGUCUUCCUACGAGAAUGUGAUGACAAAGUGGUACCCUGAGAUACGACAUCAUUGCCCUGAUGCUCCCAUUUUACUUGUGGGAACAAAAAUAGAUUUACGAGAAAGCAAGGAGGCGAUAGCCCAGCUGAGCGCUCAGGGUUUGUCUCCCAUAAAACGUGAACAGGGCAUGAAGAUGGCAAAUAAAGUGCGGGCUGUGCGCUACAUGGAGUGUUCAGCUUUAACACAACGUGGAUUAAAACAGGUAUUUGAUGAGUCUGUUCGAGCAGUUUUGCAACCCCAGCCGGCGCGACAGAAACAUAAGUGCAGUUUGCUCUGAUUACAACUGAUCAGCAUUGUUUUUUGUGUACAGUGUAAAAACUUUAGAUGACCUCCUGGUGGUGUCACACCAUCGUCAAACUGCCAUGAUAAACUGGAACUCUAGAAGCCUGAGAGUGGGAGAGCAGUGUGGAGAUUGCCUCACUUGAGUUGUCUCCUCUGUUUGGGCUCCUUGCUCCCGCGUGACAUGCGUCCACCAUGGAGACAAACUAUGCAUAUCACAAGACAAUGGGCAUUGAUUUGUCAAGAGUCAGUCCAUCCUGGGGUCUUGCUGAUGUGUUACCUAUAAUCCAGGCUGAACUAAUAUACUGUAUACAGAUUUCAUGCAGUGUUACAUGAAGGACUGAUGAGACCGUUGUAUUUCUGGUUGAACAUGUUACUGACUACAUGUUAUAUGUUCAGCCCAUCAUUGAGGAGAAGAAGUUUGCCAGAUCUUGGCAUGUGGAGGUCUUUUACUUUUAUUCGAACGUACAGAAUGUAGGUUUUGUCACCAAAACGAGGGUCAGGAAACGAAUGCUAGAUGUACAGUAAUGUUCUGUAUUUAAGGCAUCGUUGAGUCACCAGGAUAUUGUAAUGCAUGAAUAUUGCAUACUUCCCUCAACCUCUACGUCCUGAUUUGUCAUGGCCUCAGACUCUUUGUACAGUUUGGUUUCACUUUCGCAUUCAUCCUCAUGUAUGUGUAAGGCAGCAUUAGUGACCUGCUUAUCUUGUUAUGAUGUAAAUGGAAUGUUUUGCAUUGUUGUGUGACAAGCCAUGAGCACAGAAUUGUAGAUGGUUGGUCGAGAUGUUGUUUACUUUCAGUUUCACU